AUGUUUGGAAGUUUAUCUGAUGAGGAAGCGGUUCGUCAGAGCGCUGGUAUAUUAUUCUUAAAAGCCAAAUACCUUCUGAAGAUGAACAUCGAUGUUCCAUGCCUGGAUAACAUCCACGCGAGUAUUUUGGUUGCUAAUCUGUGCGGUGCAGAAGCUCAAUCUGCAACGGAGGGUAUUGCCUUUCGAAUGGCGCAUAUCCUCCACUUGCCCGAGUCAAAUGCAACAGAAGACAGCAUCAUCCAGGAGAUCAAAAUAAGAACAUGGUGGUCCUUGUAUAUGAUUGAUCAGUGGUCAUCGGCAGGACUUGACUUACCAAGACAGUUUAAUGAUGAUCAACAUCGCCUGCCCAUGGCAGAAAUCGAAUUCUGGUCUUUGAAACCAGGACAAAGGGUCACAAGUGUUUCUCGUUCUGGACCUGGUCUCUGGGGGCAUAUGGUGGUUCUUGCUCGAAUCUUUGGCCAUAUUCAAAAUCUUCAUCAGAAAUUAGCAAGUGGACUAUUGGAAGAAGCACAGGCGGAAAUGAUAACUCAAGACCUAGCGCAAAGGUUCGAGCGGUUCGUUCACGAACUGCCACAGAGUCUAAAAUUCACUCCGGAUAACUUGAGGCAACAUGCCGAUAUGGGCCUCGGGCGAGCGUUCGUAGCCCUUCAUUUGGGAUACCACCAUUAUGCAACUCUACUAUAUUUCCCAUACUUUGACCAAACUUCCGCCCAGACUGUCAACCGAACAAUGUUUGUCGCCCGUUGCAAAUAUCAUGCGACAUCCUUCAGUGAUCUACUGAGAGCUUCUCAAGAGACCCCAGACUGUGAAGCAGUCUACCUAAUUGUUGCACACAUGACAGUCGUGUCAUCAUCUGCAUUGCUCCAUACGCUCUUGUUUGGAAACCAGUCUGAAGUAAUUGAUGCAAAAGAGAGACUUUUCUCCAAUUUUCAGACACUUCUCAAAUUGAAACAAUAUUGGCCUGGUGUUGAUUUAAUGAAAGUCUGUAUGCAAUCUAUGGAUACGACAUACACAGUAGACAGAUGGAUCGUCAAGUUCCUCUUGCAGCAUGCUUUACCCAUGGGUGAUGAGGUUGAACAACCAGUCACAUUCGAUCUGGAAGAGCGCGGAAAGUUCGCUAGUGAUGCUCUGUCAAUGCUUCGGCCGUAA